UCUCUCGGCUUCCGUUGAGCGACGGGCAAGAUGGCGGCCUCCGAGACGGUUAGGCUACGGCUUCAAUUUGAUUAUCCGCCGCCAGCUACCCCGCACUGCACGGCCUUUUGGCUUCUCGUCGACUUGAACAGAUGCCGAGUGGUCACGGAUCUCAUUAGUCUCAUCCGCCAGCGCUUCGGCUUCAGUUCUGGGGCCAUCCUGGGCCUCUACUUGGAGGGGGGGCUUUUGCCCCCAGCCGAGAGCGCGCGCCUGGUACGGGACAACGACUGCCUCAGAGUUAAAUUAGAAGAGAGAGAAACUGCGGAGAAUACAGUAACAGUCAAGAAUGGUGACGAUAGUCAUUUGUUACCUAAAAAAGCAAAGAAGAGGGCAUUUAACUGGGAGGAGGGUGAAGAAACUGAAGUAGAUUACAAAUAUUCCAAGAAGCAUUGGAAGAGGCAAGAGAACAGUAACGAUGAGAAGACCUUGGACCUAGAACCCAAAGCCGUCACAGAUCAGAGUGUGAGGAACAAAAACAAGAGGAAAAACAAAGCCACGUGUAGUGUAGUGGACGGUAAUGACGAAGAAACCAAAAGGAAAUCACCAAAGAGAAAGGAGAGAUGCGAACUUAAAAGACAGACAAAGAACUCUAGGUCUUCUAAAGCGCGGACGGCGAAGGACUGGGCCGGCUCGAACUGCGGCCCUCUGAAAGGUGCACCUGCUAGGAACAGCGUCGUCAAAGCCAAAAGGAAAGGUGGCGCAGGCGUCUGUCCGAAGGACAGCCCCAUUUCCUCCUCAGAGUCUGAGUCUUAUCACGAGUCCACUAGUGACGGUCCCAGCAAUGCCAUCGUGGAGGUCAGAAAUCAUUCCUCAGAGAAAACAUCCCCUGAGUUAUCGAAGGAAGGGCCCUCGACAAAAAACACAACUGCAAGCAAAGUGGCCGCCAAAACCGGCUUCACCUCUGCGGCCAUCAAGAGCAAGAUGACCAGAGCAUCAUCUUCUAGUUCGGACUCCAGCUCGGAGUCAGACGACGAGUGCAUGGUGUUGAAGAGGACCCCAGAGCGCCCUGUGGGGCCCCUAAAGUCCAUAGGCCUCUUUGCAGGAAGAGGCUGUCCAGGCCCGGGGCCGUGCGUGCAGACCCCAAACGCUGCCGGCUGGAAGCUGUCCGACGCACGCGGUGCCAGACAGGCUCCUCCCGGGCCCCCUCCCAACGUGACUCUCCCCACUGGUUUGGGAAGAGGCUGGGGGCGAGGAGAGGACCUUCUCUCUUGGAAGGGAGCUAGGGGUCGGGGUAUGCGGGGCAGAGGCCGAGGCCGAGGCCGAGGGCAAGCUGCGUCCUUUGUGUUAAAUAGAAACCCUGAGUAUCAGAAGCACCAGCAAUUAAAUGAAGCGGUAACAAACUCCUCUACUAUCAUCCAGAACCCGGUAGAGACACACAAGAAGGACUACAGUUUGUUACCGCUGUUAGCAGCUGCCCCGCAAGUUGGAGAAAAGAUUGCAUUUAAGCUUUUGGAGCUGACAUCUGAUUAUUCUCCUGAUGUCUCCGACUACAAGGAAGGAAAAAUAUUAAGCCACAAUCCAGACACCCAGCAAGUAGAUAUAGAAAUUCUUUCAUCCUUACCUGCCACGAAAGAACCUGGGAAAUUUGAUUUGGUUUAUCACAACGAAAACGGGACUGAGGUCGUGGAGUACGCUGUGACGCAGGAGAAGAAGAUCACUGUUUUUUGGAGAGAGUUGAUUGAUCCAAGACUGAUCGUUGAAGCUCCGAGCUCCGCACCAAGCACAGAGCCUGCCUGCGAGUGACCUCGCCACCUCAUGGUCUCUAAAUGUCUCGUUUGUGAAAUGGGCUGUAACCUGAGCUUGUUUUUUUAAAAAAGAUUUGAAAGUUGUAUGCAUUUUUUGUUCACUUUACUGCAUAGGAAAAAAAAAUCUACCUCAUCAUUUAAAACAACAUGGGUGUUGCUUUUGUAGGCCUUUCUUUCGCUUCCUUCUUCCAGGCUUAAUUUCAGUAACAAAAUUUAAAACAGGACAGUCCCUAUAGGCAUCAUUAUGUAUCAGUGUAUAUGGUUUCUUCUCCCUUUUUUAUUUAUUUUUUGACCACCAAGUAGCCGUCUUCGGUAGGAGGCUAUAACACCACGCGCAAGACAACGCUGCAUAUCUUGUCUCAGUCACGUCAGGUUAAGUAACGGUUUAAGACAUGAAAGCAUGUUACUUGACCUAAUUUUUCACUAUGCGAGCUGUUCCAUUAGAUGUGGAACAUCUUAUAUGUUUCAAGUACUGUAUACUUGUAACUGUCAGGACUUAAAAAGUAGGUGGGUUUGUUGCAGGCCGUGAGUUAAGGAAUCCUUUCACAGUUCUCAACUUUAGGGAUUUUCAGAACGCGGUGUAGAGCAGUGAAAGUAAGACCUGGCGUGUUUGCCUGGAACAGACGGGCGGCCCACACGGUGCGGGGCUCUCCUGGGAGUUCAGCCCAGGGAGUGUGUUCUCCUGCAAGAUCCCGAGCACCCGGCUGUGUGUGCCCGAGUGAGGACUGAACAGAAACUUCCUUUCUUGUUACGAUUCAACACAAAGCUAGGAUGGUGAAAUAUAUACUGUGAAAAUUGCUUUCUUUUAACAAGAGAUCAGGCUCCUCCUUCAGCUUUGCGAAUUUUUAAAUAAAAUCAUAUUGACCUCGGC